AUGAGCAAAUCAAUAGACAUCUCUCAGUCAAUCCUUUAUCCCAAGUGGUUCGGGGGUUCUGCAUCAUGCAUGGCGGUCCUCGUUUCUCACCCUUUGGACUUGAUUAAGGUCAGGAUGCAAAUGGAGCAGGGUGGUGUGAAAGCUGGGACACUCAAUACUUGCAUUCGAAUCGUUCAAGGAGAGGGCGUACUUGCGCUUUAUAACGGGCUUUCAGCAGGUUUUAUGAGACAGUUAACAUAUGGCUCAGUCCGCAUCGGCCUCUACGAGACACUAAAAGAACAAACCAAAGCGAACAACAUUCCCACCCCCCCACCAGUUCUUGGUCUAUUAGCAGGAAUCUCUGGAUUUAUUGGCGCGAUCUUCGGCAACUCCUCAGAUAUAGGCAACAUCCGCAUGCAAAAUGACGGUUCACUACCUCCUCAUCUUCGUCGCAAUUACCGGCACAUAUUCGAUGCGUGGAGACAGAUCAAGCACCAAGAAGGAUGGAAGGCCUUUGGACAGGGGUUGUGGCCGAAUGCUUUCCGCUGUGGUAUGAUGACCAGCUGCCAGCUUGCAUCAUAUGAUGGUUUUAGGGAUCUGAUAGUGGCAACUACUGGCAUUCAUAACGAUCAUCCCGGUUUGCAUUUAUCGGCGUCGUUCUUGGCGGCGCUGGUUGCUACAACGCUCUGCAGUCCCAUUGAUGUGAUUAAGACUCAUUUAAUGGGGUCUUCAAGCAAGCAAGGCAUAUUGUAUGUGAUGAAGGAUCUUACAACCGCAGAAGGAAUGAGAUGGAUCUUUCGAGGGUGGACGCCCGGUUUUGUUCGGCUGGGGCCACAAACUAUGGCAACGCUGAUUCUUUUGGAGCAGCAUAAGAGGUUAUAUAGGGAUUUCAAAGAAACGACAGAUACUCGGAAAAUCGCACUCUAA